AUGGCCCUACAGGACGCCGACUCAAAUACCAAGGUUCGUUUAUUGGAUUCAAAAGAAAAAAUGCAUCAUUCAAAAAGUCGUUGAAUUUUGUAAGACCUGAAGGAAAAUUUGGAGAUGAGUAUUACCAAAUUAACUACGUUUCCUUCCUCAAAGAUCUUCUAGGAACUUACAGCAAUGGUUUCAGGCGUACCGCGUUAUCGGCUACGUUACGGUUACCGUAUCGACGCUGGCAAUCAUUUCAAUUUGUGUGACGCUUCCCAUCGUCCACAACUAUGCACGUCAUCUGCAAGCUCAAAUGAAGACUGAAAUGUCUCAUUGCCAGGUAGGAUUUUAACCAGAGCUUCAUAAAUGAAAAAUAAUGUCAUAGAGCAACGCCAAAGUUCUUUGGAACGACGUCUACGCCUUGCGGGCUUCGUUUGUCGCCCGAGGAAACAGAACGGCCCGACAGGCAGGCUACGAUUUCGGCGCAGACGAGGUUAUUCAAGACUUGCUUGUCAAGAGACUGAGACAUGACUUAGACGACGCCUUUUUCUGCUCCGAAACACAAUCAGCCGUCGACUCCGGUUGAACAAAACGAAGACCAAAGUGUGAGGCGUCGAAAGAAAGUAAUAAAAUGAAAAAAAAAACUUUAAGCAAGGUUACGAUAGCUUGCCUUCAUCUCCGCCUGAACCCUCGACAAAAAAACCAAGAAUAUCUUCCACCACUGCUGCCCAAACAACUACAACGACAGCUGCUAGAACUACCAAGGCUCCAGUUACGACUACUGAGACCGCAACCACGGCCAAGUCGGCUCCAACCUACGGCAGCGCCAGCGAAGGCGUCGUUGAGAGCAGUGUAGAGGUCGAGGCCCCUACCACUCGUCGUCAUCUUGAGACCACCACCAAGGAGCACACAACUUCGACAUUUGUUGAGGAAACUACGACUGCGCAUUUCGAAGUUAGACAUCUUAUCAUUUAUAUUGACUCACUAAAAGAAAACAGGAUUGAAAAAAAUUAGAAAAAAGUUUUUUCUUCAGUGAAUAUAGCCUCUGGAAACUGUUUUAAACCAAAUGAUUUAAAUUUUUAUUCAAGCUGAAUAUGAAAUCGCUACUGGUAAAAAGGUUGUCGAAAGCUUUUUCAAAUUAAAAAUUACUAUCUCAAUACGUCGUUAAUUCAAAUCCCUUAGAAAAAAAAACAAAAAAAAUGCAACAAAAUAAGCGGUUGAUUUUGAAGAUACUCAAAAUGAACUUUAGGAAGAAGAGGAGGAAGAGGAGGACCAAUGCGAAAACUGCUGCAUUGCUGGACCUCCAGGACCACCAGGACCGCCUGGAAGGCCAGGAGCCAGCGGAAAAGCAGGCGCCAACGGCCUCGGUGGCAAUCCAGGAAGACCGACAGACAAGCCAUGCGAGGCUGUGACGGUGCCUCCAUGCAAGCCUUGCCCACCUGGUCCAACCGGACCUCCAGGAAAGCCAGGGCCACCAGGAAAAAACGGCGACCUCGGUCAGUACGGCAAGAAAGGAUCUCCAGGCCCAGCGGGACCUCAAGGGCUCAAAGGUCGUCGAGGAGAUAAGGGCAAGGAUGGUCUCGCCGGAGAGUCCGGAGAGCCAGGAAGACCGGCUGAGAACGUCGCCCCGACACCUGGUCCAAAAGGACCAGCCGGACCGCCAGGAAAGAAAGGUCCUCGUGGAGCUCCUGGAGUUCCUGGGAAAGACGGAGAGCCUGGCGCCAAAGGCGAGCCUGGAGCCAAGGGCUCUGACGGAGAGACUGGACCUGACGGCAACCCCGGAGCUCCUGGCAAACCAGGAAUCGACGGAAACGACGGUGAAAAGGGUAUUUGUCCCAAGUAAGACAGUUUACAGAUCUCAAGAAAAAUAUGAUGCAUUUUUGAGGUAUUGCGCAGCGGACGGCGGUAUUUUCUUCGAGGACGGAACCCGGCGUUGA